AAGAUGGCUUAAAGAAGAAGGCUUGUUAAAAUUCUGCAAAACGUUGCCUAUAAGGCGUGUUGCGAGUAAGGUUCGGGCGCGGCGUCCCUCGCGGUCGACCUUACUAACAGGUGAGGCGACGACGCCACACAGAACAUGAUACUAAGGUUACCUUGCCCGUUCACACAGACUUCGCUAGCCAGUUUGCGUCAAGCGCCCGCCUCCGGGCACUCCGCCGGGCCGGCCUGGUGGAGCAUGAUGAACGGCGUCGGCGGCGCGCUUUACGAGGAGGCGCACGCGUCACCUCCGGGCGGCUCACCACCGGCCGCGCCCGCCGCCGCGCCACCUUCAGCUUCCAGCGCCUCACCUGCCUCCGUGGGCUCUAACCCACCACAACCACUUCACAUCCCGGCCAAGCGCUAUGAGCCAGAGCCGGGAGUCAUCCGGCACGCGCAGCAAGGUUGGGGUUACCCACCUGAUGCACCUGGUUCCUUCGAGCAUCAAUACUCCACUACCCCGACUUACUACAAUCUGCCUGUCGAAAGGGAGCGCAAAUCUGCAUUACCCUUCUGGCCGACAGGGGGAGGAGAAUAUAAACCUUACGCUGAUGGCUGUCAUCAAGGUUUUUCACAGCCCUGUUGGAAUUACCCCUAUGGCGCUCCGCGUGGGGAUCAGCCGUUAUCAUACGUUGGUGGUGAUGAACGCCGAACUGCUGUCUCCGAAGCAUCGGGUUUCUCCCAUGACGCCUAUGGCUUACGAAACUACGCGCCGGAAUCAGUUGCCAGCGCGCCGUACCCGCCUCCGAGUGCUCUACCUGGAUCUCUAUCGAUGUCUGUGGGCGUCGGCGUCGGUUGCGGCUCAUCAAACCCCUUAGAUUGGACCGGUCAAGUGACCGUGCGUAAAAAACGCAAACCAUACUCAAAGUUCCAAACUCUCGAGCUGGAGAAAGAGUUCCUGUUCAACGCUUACGUUUCGAAGCAGAAAAGAUGGGAACUGGCACGAAAUCUGAAUCUCACAGAGAGACAGGUCAAGAUAUGGUUUCAAAACAGGCGAAUGAAGAAUAAGAAAAAUUCCCAGCGGCAAGCGGCGCAGGCAGCUCAAAACAACAACAAUAAUUCAAAUGCGAACAACCACAAUCAUCACGCGGGUCACCACCACGCGCCGCACCACGUAGCGCUGCACCACGCCCCGCCAGCCAAGCAUCAUCAGUGACCCGCGCCUUUCUCUGGGACUUAUCCCCUUCAUCACGGUAUAGCCAGCUAAAUCAGACGAAGGAAAAGUUCCGAAAGGACUCAGUGUGUUGUGCUUAUGGACGUACUUAAAGAUCCGUAAGGUUCGUCGGGUUGUUACCCAAUAGACUCGAGGAACGUAUCGCUGUACCGUUUCGUACGUAAUGUGGACGCUUUCCGGACCCGCACCGGUGCGCCGCGAGUCCCAGAGAAUCUCAUAGUAAGAUAAUUGUGUUGUCGAUUUGUGUAUAGUAUUAAUUACGAAAUUAUUUUCUGUAAUUUUAACGAGACUAAGUACAUAAGUAGAUAACGAUUCCUGAUAUUGAUAAUAUCUAGUAUAGCGUUGAAUACAUAAGUAUUUGAAAAUCAUUCAACUAUCGAAGUUCGAAAUGAUAUCGUCACCGAUGAAUUAAUGUAUUUAGAUAGUUUAUUAAAAAUAAUUUUGUAAAAUAUUUUGUGAGACUGCUUUAUUGUUGUAUUCGCUGUUCGAAGGAUGGUUAACUUUUAUUUUCGUUACCAAAUUGUUGAAUUACUCGGGUUGCUUUGGUGGCAGUUUUAUAAAUCUCGUGUGGAUGUGCGUUGGGGUUAGACCGAGGAGUCGACACAUCGCCGGACCUAAUAUUUAACGUAGCAUCGACGUCGAUAUAUUCUUACAUAUUAUAAUAUUAUCAAUAUUCGCAAUAUGAUCAAAUAUUUAUUACUGUUUAUUUUCUUUUCUCAUUAUUCGUUAUAUAAAUUAUGAAUUUCUGACAAAGCUUUAACUCGGUUCCAGUAGAAUUAUGCAUUAAGUUACUGUUAUGACUUUUUUGAAACUAUUAAAAGUUGAUGUUAUAAUCAAUAUAAUUACGUGUAUGGGCAAGUGCAUUAAUAUUGUCCUCUAUUGACUCAUUGUGCUGUUCGCUUAAGCCUGUCUAUUUCUAUUAUUUUUUUUUUGUUUUAGUUAAAUAUUUUAUUAUUUAUUUAUAUACACGAAAAUAACAUUCUAUGUAAUGAAUAUAACUUGUAUCUCGCUCUAGUACAUCGAAGUAAAUCGUGACUAUUAGACGUACGCUGUACAGAUGUUGAAAAUAAAAUAGUAAAAUUAUGGUGUAAUAGAUACCUUACUAUACAAGAUGUAGGAACGUGAAGAAUCAUUCAGUUUUAGAAUGUAACUAUAGAAUUACUAUUAAAGUCACUAGCUACAUCUUCCCUAUUUUAUCUUAUAUCUAUAUAAUGAAUGUUCUAUCUUAAAAUUAGUGUUUUACUUAAAUCUAUUUCAUUAAAUCUGUAUUGUCCGUAACAUUAUUAGAGUUUAUAAGUGUUUCGUACAAAAUGGCGACCUCGUCUAGGUAACCGAAUUUCUACAUAAGUGCAAGGCAUCUUAGAUAUCUCUACGUGGGUAGCAAUUCGAUUAUAAUGGAGUGGCCACAGGAGUAUUAAUCAGAUCUCUCUAUCAUUUGUCUCAUCAACGAGACAAUACACUAUUAUAAAAAGCUUAUGACUACUAAUCCUUAAGCGUACCUAUUUUAAUUGUUUAUGAGAUAAGUUAAAGAAUGAUAGCUGAAUAUUAAUUGUUUUGAUACAAAAUAUAUUUUCAGCUAUGACGCCAUCUUCUGUCAAAUUGUUUUAAAAAAAUAUGUGGUCAUAUCUUAAAUAAUAAUACAUUUGUAAUGUAAUAAUGUUUCUGCACAAUGUCAAUGAACGGAGCGGUUUUUUUUAUUGUCAUGCCAUUUUCUACUAUUACAUGGAUACAUUGUAAUAUUAUCUGAAAAGUAAACUUUAAAUAAAUAUUAAUGUUUUUAUUAACUUAACAGAUACACACACAUUUCAAAAAAAUCAUUAAUAAAAUCGCGUCAUGUCUCUUCAACGUGGAGUCUUUCAAAUAUAUAUAAAGUUGCUUUACAGAUAUUUGUAAUGUAAAAUUUAUUUCAUUGCAGUAGAUCGCAUCUAGAAGUUCUUCUAUAAACUAUAUAAUAUUGUAAUAAUUAAAGGUCUCGUAAUUAUCAUUGUACAGAUAAAUUAAUGUAGUUCAAGUCUCACCGCCGUGUGAGGUCUUGUUAAGUAAUAAUGUAUAAUUAAAUGAAUGUGCUCUCGACAGUUUUAUGACGAAUUUAGAAAAGAUUGUAUGAAAGGGAAAAGAAUUAAAUAUUUCGUCGUGUC